AUGUCACACUCGUCCCCGGAACCGACUUUUUCGUCCAGCGAUCCCCUGAGACCGGAGUCUCAAUUCACCUACCGCCAACUCCAGCUCCUCCGACAUGGCUCCACGGCGACACCGCUCCGCGUGAUCGCGCACAUCGAUCUCGAUGCCUUCUACGCCCAAUGCGAAAUGGUGCGGCUGGGCAAGCCGCGCGACGUGCCCCUCGCCGUACAACAGUGGGACUCGCUGAUCGCCAUCAACUACCCGGCCCGCGCGUCCGGGAUCACACGCAUGAUCUCCGCCGGCGAGGCGAAGAAGCUCUGCCCGGAGAUUGUGCUACAGCACGUUGCAACCUUCCGCGAGGGCGAGGGCGGCAAAUGGGCCUACCGCGACGACGCCUUCAACCGCGUGAGCACGGAUAAAGUGUGCCUGGAUCCAUACCGGGCGGAGUCGCGCAAGAUUUUGAAGGUCAUGAAGGAAGAACUGUCUGGUUGGCAUGCGAAGGUCUGCGGUGGUGAGGGCCCCCAUGCGAACGCCGUACAGCAACCUGGUCUUGAGAAAGCCAGUGUGGAUGAGGUCUUUAUCGACUUGUCGCCGAUUGUCUAUGGCGUCUUGCUGGAGCGGUAUCCUGAAUUGCGCGCCGGGGCGCAUGGUGAUGAUCGGGUUGCGCGGCUGCCGACCCCGCCGACGACGGCGUUGGUGUGGAACGCGGAAGACUGCUUGGUUGAUUUGGAUGAGCAUGAGACGGAAGUGGACGACCCCGACUGGGAUGAUAUCGCUAUACUGAUUGGCUCGGAGGUUGUGCGCUCGGUUCGCAAAGCGGUUUGGGAUAAUCUCGGUUAUACCUGUUCGGGGGGAGUUGCAAGGAACAAAAUGAUGGCAAAACUUGGAAGCGCCUGCAACAAGCCCAACAAGCAGACCAUCAUUCGGAAUCGUGCUGUGCAGAAUUUCCUCGGAGGGUUCAAGUUCACGAAGAUCAGAAUGCUCGGAGGCAAGCUCGGAGAUCAGGUCACUGCCAUGUUUGGAACAGAGCAAGUGAGCGAUCUGUUGAAGAUCCCGCUGGAACAGCUUCGAGCCAAGUUGGACGACGAUACCGCCACAUGGCUGCAUGGUAUCAUACGAGGCGAUGAUCGAAGCGAAGUCAAUUCACGGACGCAGAUCAAGUCAAUGCUCUCUGCAAAAUCCUUCCGACCGAGCAUCAACAAUAUUGACCAAGCGGAGAAGUGGUUGCGCAUUUUCGCAGCAGAUAUAUAUGGCCGUCUUGUUGAAGAUGGUCUGCUGGAACACAGGCGUCGCCCCAAGACGGUGGCCUUACACCACAGGCAAGGUGCUCAAGUCCGCUCACGGCAGAUCCCUAUUCCGGGGUCAUCCCCAAUCGAUGAGAACUUACUCUUCAACCUUGGCCUUACACUAUUGAGACAAGUCAUUGUCGACGGGCGCGCAUGGCCCUGCGCGAACCUUUCUCUGAGUGUCGGCGGGUUUGAAGAUGGAGUAUCCAAGAAUAAGGCAAUCGACUCGUUUUUGCUUCGCGGAGAACAGGCGAAGUCUGCACAGAACACUCGGUCCUUAUCGACUGAUGACUUGAUGGAUAUACAACAACCUAGCGAGAAGCGUCUGAAAACGGACACCGACGGAAUUCGACGGUUCUUUGCCAAACCUCCCAAGGCUGGUGCAUCACCUCAGUUGACAGAGUCGACAUUAGAAGAGGCAAUGCAGGGCACGGAACUCGAACAAAGCGGCAUAGAAGCAUCGCCAGAGGAUGAUAGGCCGCAAUCUGCAGACGCCCUCUCAGUCUAUACUUGCAGUCGGUGCGGCAAGUCACUGCCCGAGCACGAGAGAGCCGAGCAUGACGACUGGCACUUCGCCAAAGAUCUAGUAGACCAGGAGAACCAGGCCACCCGGAGCUCUCCUCAGACUCCAUCAUCAUCUAAUCAUGGAGCAUCACAUUCACGUAGUCGAGGUGGUCGUAGUAGUCGGGGGAAGCCCGAAAGGGGUCAAACCCGUCUGAAAUUUGGGUAG